UAAAUUGAAUUGAAAAAGAAUUACAAUGGUGUAUAAUAAAUUUCAUUUUAGAUAAUAAAUGAUAGGAAGCUUAAGAGGAAUAGUAGAUAAGGUUCAUAGCGAUCAUAUAACAUUGAAUGUAAAUGAUAUUGGCUAUAUUGUAUACCUUUCAGCUAAGGCUUUAGGUCAUUGUUCAGUGGGAAGUAGGGUUAAGCUUUUGAUCGAAACUUAUUCAAAAAGCAGAGAAAAUGUUCCUCAGCUCUAUGGUUUCUUAAAUAAUGAAGAACAAAAAUGCUUACGUUUACUUGUCAAGGUAAGUGGUGUUAGUUAUAAAACCGCAAUGUCAAUUUUGAGUAAACUAACCCCAGAGCAAUUUUUUUCUGCAGUUGCAAAUGAAGAUAAGGUGCUACUUAAAAUAAGUGGGUUAGGCUCAAAGCUUAUAAAUCGUAUCAUUACUGAAUUACGCGGCAAAGUGAGCAAAUUGGAAGCGAAUAAUCAUCCCAUUCAAGAAGACGCUGUUUCAGCUUUGAUUAAUCUUGGCUAUGAAAAAAUGAAAGCUUAUGAUACUAUAAAAAAAAUACAAGAUGAGUCACCAAAUUUGGAAACCAAAGAUAUGGUUCGUGUAGCACUUAAGGAUCUAUCAAAAUUAUGAAAUCAAUAUCAUACAGCAAGAAAUAUGAAGAAGAUGCACGCAACAUUAACAUUAGGCCAGAACAACUUGAUGAUUUUAUCGGACAGAAAGAUUUAAUACAAAAUCUAAAAGUAUUUAUAAAAGCUGCACAAACAAGAACUGAGGCUUUAGAUCACGUUUUACUUUGUGGUCCUCCAGGUCUUGGUAAAACAACUUUGGCUCAUAUCCUUUCUAAGGAAUUGAGAGUUAGUUUUCGCGCAACUUCCGGCCCUCUACUUAAUAAGGCUGGGGAUUUGGCUGCAGUGCUGACAACUUUAAAUGCUAAAGAUGUUUUGUUUAUUGAUGAAAUUCACAGGCUAAAUCGCAGUAUUGAGGAAGUCCUGUAUACUGCUAUGGAGGAUUUUUGUUUAGAUAUAUUAGUGGGUGAAGGUCCAUCUACCCGUACUCUAAGAAUUGACAUAUCUCCAUUUACAUUACUAGGAGCGACAACACGCAUUGGUUUGCUUUCUGCGCCACUGAGAGAUCGUUUUGGUAUACCUCUUCACCUAGAAUUUUAUUCAUUUACAGAAUUAGUAGAAGUUAUAAAAAGAGGUGCUAUGGUUCUCUCCACUGAAAUUGAGGAAAGUGCUGCACGAGAGAUUGCCUGCCGUGCACGAGGAACUCCAAGAAUUGCUCUAAGAUUACUGAGAAGAAUAAGGGAUUUUGUUGAAAUGGAAAUUAAUAGGAGAAUUACAUAUGAAGUCGCUAAUUCUGCAUUACUUAAAUUAGGUGUGGAUAAAAUGGGAUUAAAUAAAUUAGACAUGGAUUAUUUAAGGUUUUUAUCUAAUACUUCUGGCCCGGUAGGAAUUGACACUAUAUCAAUUGCAUUGUCUGAAAAUGUUGGUAAUAUAGAAGAAACAGUGGAACCUUACUUAAUCAAAAUUAAUUUUGUACAGCGUACACUAAGGGGACGUAUUCUCACUUAUCAAGCAAAUAAAUAUUUGCAGUCAUCCUGUAGUUAAAAUAAAUUUUUAUUUCACGAAUGAGAGGUACAAUGUUGUCGAGGAAUUUUUAUGAACCCCAACUUUAUUAUAGCUGGAGAAUUAUUAGGAAAGACUCUAAAAUUCUCUAAUUUUAGCGGAAUAAUAAAUGAAGUUGAAGCUUAUAUCUGCAGAGAUGACACAGCUUGCCACGUAGCUAAAGCUUAUACUAAGCGCACCUCGGUUAUGCUUGGUAAGCCAGGGUUUUCAUGUGUAUAUUUUAUAUAUGGUAUACCACUGCCUAAAUGUUAUAACAGAAGAAGAAUUGCCCGCUGCAGUGCUAAUACGUGGUUUAAAGCUCGCUGACCCACUUGAGCUAAAUUUAGGUGUACCAGGAAUAUUGUGCAAUAAUUAA